CACCGCCCGGGCCACCACCGCCGCCGCCGAACGCGCGAGACGCUGAACAGGUGGCCUGAUCCGCGGGCGCUGCGGCGGCAGAAUCGAAGCGAACCCCGGGAGGUGAGGGGGCUCGGGCCGGGCAUGUGAGCCGUGUGGCUCCGCGGCGUCGCCUGCCCGUGCUUCUAGACACCCGCCCUACAGCGGCCCCGCCGCGCCAGCCUUCAGCCCCUGGCCUGGGCUGCUCGGCCGCCGUCAGCGAGGGGCGCGGGCCGGCCUCGGAGGCGGCGGCGGCAUGAAAGUGACCGUGUGUUUCGGAAGGACCCGGGUGGUCGUGCCGUGCGGAGACGGCCACAUGAAAGUUUUCAGCCUCAUCCAGCAAGCAGUGACCCGCUACCGGAAGGCCAUCGCCAAGGAUCCAAGCUACUGGAUACAGGUGCAUCGACUAGAACAUGGAGAUGGAGGAAUACUGGAUCUUGACGAUAUCCUCUGUGAUGUAGCAGAUGAUAAAGACAGACUGGUAGCAGUAUUUGAUGAGCAAGAUCCACAUCAUGGAGGUGAUGGCACCAGUGCCAGCUCCACAGGCACCCAGAGUCCAGAGAUAUUUGGCAGUGAGCUUGGCACCAACACUGUUUCAGCCUUUCAACCUUAUCAAGCAACAAGUGAAAUUGAGGUCACACCUUCAGUUCUUCGUGCAAAUAUGCCUCUUCAUGUCCGGCGAAGCAGUGACCCAGCUUUAAUUGGCCUCUCAAACUCUGUCAGUGAUAGUAAUUUUUCCUCUGAAGAGCCUUCACGAAAAAACCCCACACGCUGGUCAACAACAGCUGGCUUCCUGAAGCAAAACACUGCUGGUAGCCCUAAAACCUGUGACAGGAAGAAAAAUGAAAACUACAGAAGCCUCCCACGGGAUACUAGUAACUGGUCUAACCAAUUUCAGAGAGACAAUGCUCGCUCAUCUCUGAGUGCUAGUCACCCCAUGGUGGACAAGUGGCUGGAGAAGCAAGAACAGGAUGAGGAUGGGACAGAAGACAACAGUCGUGUUGAACCUGUUGGACAUGCCGACAGUGGUUUGGAGAAUAUACCCAACUUUUCUCUGGACGAUAUGGUAAAGCUCGUACACGUCCCCAACGAUGGAGGGCCUCUGGGAAUCCAUGUAGUGCCUUUCAGUGCUCGAGGCGGCAGAACCCUGGGGUUAUUAGUUAAACGGUUGGAGAAAGGUGGUAAAGCCGAACAAGAAAAUCUUUUUCAUGAGAAUGAUUGCAUUGUCAGGAUUAAUGAUGGCGACCUUCGAAAUAGAAGAUUUGAACAAGCACAGCAUAUGUUUCGUCAAGCUAUGCGUACACCCAUCAUUUGGUUCCAUGUGGUUCCUGCAGCUAAUAAAGAGCAGUAUGAACAACUCUCCCAAAGUGAGAAGAACAAUUACUAUUCAGGCCGCUUCAGCCCUGAGAGCCAGUAUAUUGAUAACAGAAGUGUGACCAGUGCAGGGCUUCAGGCACUGCAGAGAGCACCCAGACUGACCCACCAGGCCGAGCAGAUGGACUCGCACCCACGACUACCUCAGAAUACACAGCCCUCUGGGAAGCCACCAGCAGCUCCGCCAAGUAUAUUUAGUACAAGUAUAAGCAGUGGUUAUAACACCAAAAAAAUAGGCAAGAGGCUGAAUAUCCAGCUUAAGAAAGGUUCAGAAGGUUUAGGAUUCAGCAUCACUUCUAGAGAUGUAACAAUAGGUGGCUCAGCUCCAAUUUAUGUGAAAAACAUCCUCCCCAGGGGGGCUGCCAUCCAAGAUGGUCGACUGAAGGCAGGAGACAGACUUAUAGAGGUAAAUGGAGUAGAUUUAGCAGGCAGAUCCCAAGAGGAGGUUGUUUCCCUGUUGAGAAGCACCAAGAUGGAAGGAACUGUGAGCCUUCUGGUCUUUCGCCAGGAAGAUGCCUUCCACCCGAGGGAGCUGAAUGCUGAGCCAAGCCAGAUGCAGAUCCCAAAGGAAACGAAAGCAGAAGAGGAGGAUGUUGUUCUCACACCUGAUGGCACCAGGGAAUUUUUGACAUUUGAAGUUCCACUUAAUGAUUCAGGAUCAGCAGGUCUUGGUGUCAGUGUCAAAGGUAACCGGUCAAAAGAGAACCAUGCGGAUUUGGGAAUCUUUGUCAAGUCCAUUAUUAAUGGAGGAGCAGCAUCUAAAGAUGGAAGGCUUCGGGUGAAUGAUCAGCUGAUAGCAGUGAAUGGGGAAUCCCUAUUGGGCAAGACAAAUCAAGAUGCUAUGGAAACCCUCAGAAGGUCCAUGUCCACUGAAGGGAACAAGCGAGGAAUGAUCCAGCUUAUUGUUGCUAGGCGAAUAAGCAAGUGCAAUGAGCUGAAGUCACCUGGGAGCCCCUCGGGACCUGAGCUACCCAUUGAAACAGUGUUGGAUGAUAGAGAACGAAGAAUCUCCCAUUCCCUCUACAGUGGGAUUGAGAGGCUUGAUGAAUCCCCCACAAGAAAUGCUGCACUCAGUAGGAUAAUGGGUGAGUCAGGUAAAUACCAGCUGUCCCCCACAGUGAAUAUGCCCCAAGAUGACACUGUCAUUAUAGAAGAUGACAGGUUGCCAGUGCUUCCUCCACAUCUCUCAGACCAGUCAUCUUCCAGCUCUCAUGAUGAUGUGGGAUUUGUCAAGACAGAACCUGGCUCGUGGGCUAAGACUGCAGCCAGUGAUUCAGCAGACUGCUCUUUGAGUCCAGAUGUUGAUCCAGUUCUUGCUUUUCAACGAGAAGGAUUUGGACGCCAGAGUAUGUCAGAAAAACGCACAAAGCAAUUUUCAGAUGCCAGUCAAUUGGAUAUCGUUAAAACACGAAAAUCAAAAAGCAUGGAUUUAGGUAUAGCUGACGAGACUAAACUCAGUACAGUGGAUGACCAGAAAGCAGGUUCCCCCAGCAGAGAUGUGGGACCUUCCCUGGGUCUGAAGAAGUCCAGCUCAUUAGAAAGUCUGCAGACAGCAGUUGCGGAGGUGACUUUGAAUGGAGAUAUUCCUUUCCACCGCCCACGACCACGGAUAAUCAGAGGCAGGGGGUGCAAUGAGAGCUUCAGAGCUGCCAUUGACAAGUCUUAUGAUAAACCCACAGUAGAUGAUGAUGAUGAAGGCAUGGAGACAUUGGAAGAAGACACAGAAGAAAGCUCAAGAUCAGGGAGAGAGUCUGUGUCCACAGCCAGUGACCAGCCUUCAUAUUCUCUGGAGAGACAAAUGAAUGGAAACCAAGAGAAAGGAGAUAAGACUAAUAGGAAAAAGGAUAAAACUGGAAAAGAGAAGAAAAAAGAUAGAGAUAAGGAAAAGGAUAAAAUGAAAGCCAAGAGGGGAAUGCUGAAGGGCCUGGGAGACAUGUUCAGGAUUCAAGCCAAAACUCGAGAAUUUAGAGAGCGACAAGCUCGGGAACGUGACUAUGCUGAAAUUCAAGAUUUUCAUCGGACAUUUGGCUGUGAUGAUGAGUUGAUGUAUGGGGGAAUUUCUUCCUAUGAGGGUUCCAUGGCUCUCAAUUCCAGACCCCAGAGCCCAAGAGAAGGACAUAUGAUGGAUUCUUUGUAUGCCCAAGUAAAGAAGUCACGGAAUUCCAAACCUUCACCUGUAGACAGCAACAGAUCAACUCCUAGCAACCAUGAUCGAAUACAGCGUCUACGGCAGGAGUUCCAGCAAGCAAAGCAGGAUGAAGAUGUAGAAGAUCGGCGACGCACUUAUAGCUUUGAACAACCCUGGCCCAGCUCCCGACCUGCAGCACAGAGCGGCCGGCACUCGGUGUCCGUGGAGGUGCAGAUGCAGCGCCAGCGGCAGGAGGAGCGCGAGAGCUUCCAGCAGGCCCAGCGCCAGUACAGCUCUCUGCCUCGGCAAAGCAGGAAAAAUGCCAGCUCUGUCUCCCAGGAUUCUUGGGAGCAGAACUACUCACCGGGGGAAGGCUUCCAGAGUGCCAAGGAGAACCCCCGGUACUCCAGCUACCAAGGCUCCAGAAAUGGCUACCUGGGCGGGCAUGGCUUCAACGCCAGGGUGAUGCUGGAGACUCAGGAGCUCCUUCGCCAGGAACAGAGGCGGAAAGAGCAACAGAUGAAGAAGCAGCCCCCUUCCGAGGGGCUCAGCAACUAUGACUCGUAUAAGAAAGUCCAGGACCCCAGUUACACUUCACCUAAGGGGCCCUUCCGGCAGGACGUGCCCCCCUCCCCUUCUCAGGUCGCUAGGCUGAACAGACUCCAGACUCCUGAGAAAGGGAGACCCUUCUAUUCCUGAGCAGGAGAAGAGCGGAUGCUUCAUUCAUGCAAUAAAGGACAUUUUCCUAUGGAGACUUGUAUUUUGGGAGUUUUCUUAAAAACCUCCACGGUACUAUAGAAUAUUUCUGUUGUUGGUAUCAGUGCCUUUAAGCAGUAUGGGCAAAGAAAUGGAAGGCCUUAAUGUCUUUGCCAGUAUGUCACAAGUGUAUUUCAUGGAAGGAUUUCCCACCAUCUGACAAUCAUCUGCUCGAAGCAUUUGUGUGCUUUGCAUCUCUCAGGAGGACUAGGAAUUCUUGGCCCCACUCAAGAGAUGUUCAUGGAUUUGUGUUACAGCCCCAUAUAACUAGUGGUGACAAAUUACCUUGAAGCUGAGGUAAUGUUUAUUUCCCUUUAACUUUUCUAGAUGUGAGGUGACUCUCAAUUUCUGGUGGAUGGAAGUGGGUGACAUAUUCCAGAAAUCGGGCUUUAUGGUACUUCACAUCACAGUCAUUUAUAAUUGGCAUGAUUUUCCUUCUUUCUCAGCUCCUCAAAUUCUUUCAUGUUAUAAAGAAGUAAGCCAUAUUCCAACACUGUCUGGUUAUCAGGAGGCUCCUUUUGUAACUGCCUUAUAACUCUACAUUACCAAUAAAGUGAUCACUCUGGUCUGAGAUUAUAAAUGCACUUGUUUGGCCAUGUUCCUAACACCUGUUGAGUCACAUCUCUGCAUAGGGAAGGUGAGAGACGGGGCCCCGGUGGGGAUAGACUGGGCCUGCCCAUCAGCCUGUGUGGAUCAUGAUGUGGGAGGUGGGAGCUAAGGAAACAAUUCUCCCAGGAUGAGCUUCUGGCCCAGUACAUCCCAGUAAUUAUUUUAAUUCGUUUUUGAUUGACAAGUUAGCAGUAAGGGCAUAGAGUGGGACAAAGAUAGGUCAGUCAUUUGGAGAUUCUAAAAACUCAUCUGCUUUCUAUUGUUUCUCAAGUUGAUUGGAAUUGACGUGUGUCUAGUGCCUCUACAUGCUGUAUCUCUCCCUGGUGAUGUCGUCCAUGCGCCUAAGCCAUUCUGCUACGAGACAGAAAAGACACUUCACAAAGAGAACAUUCUGGUGUCCCCGAACAGUGGUGACAAAAGUGCUUCUCAUGUCAAUAUUUUAAUGUGCUUGUGAGUCACAAGGACCUCAUUUGCUCUUGUGUUUUCAUGCUGGUCUCAACAUCAUGUAUUGUAAACCAUGGCUGGGUUGCUAAAGUGCCUGCAAAUCCCGAUGUGAAAACGUUUGAGAUAAAAGCUCAGCAUACCGUGUAUUAACAAAAAAAGACCUAUACUGAUAUGCCUAUUUCUUUUUACUGGCACAUUGUAUUUUGUGUCCACCUUUUUUAGAAAAUGUGUGAAGUGUCCAUACUUGUACCUGUGUCUCUUUUGCAAUUCUGGGUAACGGUUGUAUUUGUUCAUAACGUGCGGCGAUGUUUCAGUGGUGGUCCCGAGGUAAACGCGGUGGCCUGGAACGACGCUCUUGCGCACAGCCUGCCUGAGCGGUGAGAAAUAGCUUUCUCUGUACAUAUGAGACUUAAAAUAAAAGGCAUAUUUCUUCCUGUU